GCGCGAGAGAGCAAGCUACACACAUAAAAAACAUAAACAAGCCUUUUUUCACUAUGUAUGUGCGAGAGAGAGAAAAAAAGAGCGAGCAAGAGCGAUGUUCGCUCUCCCAAAACGAAUUGUCGAAAAAACAUACUCUUCGCUGUGAUUUUUUUUCAGUUCUUCGCCGAACGUUAAAACGAACAGUUAUUUUAUUCUCCUCUUGUUCUGCUGCUUCUGUUUGUGUUUUUUGUGUUUGCCGCGACGACGUAAACAACCGAAGAGCGGAGCUUACGCCCCCUCCCAUUACACGCCCCUUUUCGCAACGUGCUUGUUGUAAUUACAAUUAAACGUUGUUGCUAGCAGAAGAAAAAACAUAAAAAUUCGGGAGUCUAAAAAGGUUGUCAACCAAAAAAAAGCACAAGUGCAGAAUAAAAAAAAGAAACUUGCGACCGCGUGUGUAUGUGUGUGCUCUGUGGUGUUCGUUGGUGUUUGUGUGUAUAUUUUUGGCGUGCGCGGCCAUUUUUUCUUGUUGCCACUCAAGAGUCUCUUCUGUGUGCGAAAGAGAGGCCCGACCCGACCGACCGCAAAGAAGAACGUAGCAAACUACGCAAAUCCCCACUAAAUUCGCUAAUUUGCGCAAAAUAAAUCAAUCGCAUGGUAGGCGCCAAAAAAAGAAACAAACAAAACGCGCACGAAAAUAAAGUGCCGCAAACCACAAACAAUUUACCUAUUUAAGUGUAUGUUUCUGCGAGCAAAACGAAAGAAGUGAAACUGCCGCCCAUCCUACCCACAAUCAGCCCGCGAGCACGUGCUCCAAAAAUAUCAACAAAAGUUGGCCCACAAAGAAACUAAAAAAAAAAAUUUAAAAAAGCGGCAAAAAGUAACUUCAUUGGAAACGAAAAAACGCCGGAACGUAAAGGCAGUUUCAAAUUGCACAAAAACGCGCCGAGUUGUGUAAGCCCGCCGCCAGUGGAGUGUCGACUUCUUGACGACGAAGACAGCAGUUUCUUCAUUCCACGUUUCAUAACACCACCGGUAGGCUCAGUCCGCUGCUGGCCACGCCCCCAAACUGGACGCUCGCACUAUCGCCUACCGCCCGCUGACCCUUGGCGGCCAUCAGACGCCGCUUAUGGCCGAACUGCCGACGGCGCCGAACGGCGUCCCCAGUGGCGAUUACCUACACCGCUCCAUCGACCAGCUGCGCUCUCUGGGUCACUUGACCACUGCCCAAUUGGUCCACGACUAUAAGCCCUUCAAUAUCAACGAAUUUAGGCAAAAUGUCGCUGAGCGACUGGACUACUCGUUGAAGAACGGUCUGGUGCAGCAUCAACAGCAAAUGGUCAUGGAGCAGCAGCAGCAACAGGCACAUCCCGAUCCUCAACAACAGCAGCAGCAUUUACAUCAUCCACAGCAGCAGCAGCAUCCAGCUCAGCUGAAGGUCAGCUACAGUGCGCCCAACUCGCCGCCCACUCCUCACGAGCAGCAGGAGCAGAAGUAUGACCCAAGUCGAUCGCCGCCGCGUCAGCAGAUGAGCAGUGCCAGUGGGAGUGGCAGCAACGGAUCCUCGCCGGAGGAAGAGAGCCGACGGGGCGAUGGUGACCAGGCCAAGCCCUAUAAAUGUGGUUCGUGCAGCAAGUCCUUUGCGAACUCCUCGUACCUGUCGCAGCAUACGCGAAUUCAUCUUGGGAUCAAGCCGUACCGCUGUGAAAUUUGCCAGCGUAAGUUCACGCAGUUGUCGCAUCUGCAGCAGCACAUCCGGACGCACACGGGUGACAAACCGUACAAAUGCCGGCACGCCGGUUGCCCGAAGGCCUUCUCGCAGCUGUCGAAUCUGCAGUCCCACUCUCGUUGCCAUCAGACCGAUAAGCCCUUUAAGUGCAACUCCUGCUACAAGUGUUUUGGCGAUGAGAUGACCCUAUUGGAGCACAUUCCCAAGCACAAGGACUCCAAGCACCUGAAGACGCACAUCUGCAGUUUGUGUGGCAAGUCGUAUACGCAGGAGACCUACCUCCAGAAGCAUCUGCAAAAGCACGCGGAGAAGGCAGAGAAGCAGCAGAAUCGACACACGGCCCAGGUAGCUGCACAUCAGCAACAUGUGCCGGCGAGUGGAAUAGGUUUGAAUCUGCAGCGCCAGGCUAUGAACGAUGUAAAUGCCGCCUACUGGGCUAAGAUGGGGGCGGAUAGUGCGGCAGCUACGCUGGCGGAGGCCAUUCAACAGCAGUUGCCACAGGCCGGAGGUCAGCCAUAUGGCAACUUUGCAUCUCUGCAACACCAGCAGCAGCAACAGGAGCUACUGCAGCAACAUCAUCAGAGAUUGGCGGACACGCCGGGUCAUUCGCACAGUCCUCAUGAAGAGGCCACAGGCGAGGAUCUUGUCCUGCGCCAGUCCACACCACAACAUCACCUCCAGCAGCAGCAACAGCAACAGUCGCAGCAGCAACAACAGGCACAGCAUCAGCCCUCGCCUGGACCCGGAUCGUCGGCCUUUACUCCUUUGGCAGCGGCAGUGGCUCCACCACCGCCGCCACAUCUUCAACAGCAUCGCGGACCCCCUCCAGCGGCCACUGCUGCCUAUCUUUAUCAGCAGAAUGCUGCAGCUGCGGCGGCUGCCUUCCCCACGCAGCUGAUUUCGCUGCACCAGAUCCGGAACUAUGCCCACCAGCCAGGAGCGGCGGGCCUAAUCGCUGGCGAUCACCUUACCCUGGGCCUGAGUGCUGUUAAUGCCGCCAAGGAGAAGGCCCAAUAGUACAGGCCAGGUCGUGGCCAAAAGAGGCAGCAACGAUGACAUUAGCUUAAGGUCCCCGUUGAAAUUGGUAAGGAUUCAAAGGAUAAAAAAUGCUGAUCCUUUGAAACCUUAACAAUUUAAACACCGUAAAAUAAGUUACGCUUAGUUAGGCGCAAGUUGGCAGUGUCGUAGGAACUGGGAUUGUAAGUGGUUAUCCUUGACCAUCCUUCCAAAAACAUAAAAAUACAUCAAAAUAAGCUAGAAGUUGUAUACGAUUCCGCCAAAAUCAACUCCAUCAAUGCCUAAAUAAUCAAGGAAACCCAUUACAAUACUUAAGUUCCGACGCCCUUUCAAACUGAAAUUUGAAGAAUACAUUAUCUAGGUCAACUCAGGAUUUUCUAUACGAUAUUUAUGCCUCUCUUUUAAAUACCUAUAAGCAAUAUAAAUAUAAAACACUGAACUAUUUGAAAGAGUCGAUUUUGAAUGGCUCACUGUUUUUGAUAUCAGCUAGGAGCCGUACAAAGUACGGUGGUAUACCUAAAAAAAUAUAUAGAAUAGUGUACAUAGAUGUAUGUAAAAUUGUGCUGUACAUUUCAACGUAUAUAUCUAGAUAUAGAUACUAGAUACUUUCUAAUUUAUCAACUAACUAGUAGAGUAAGGAUAUUUUCUACUUGUUAGGCAAGCUGAAAGAGGAAUCAACUUGAAAAUGUAAAAUUCAACCAAUAAAGUUUAAAAUUAUUUAUAAAGUAA